AAGUGAGGGGCUAACUCGGCGGGGAAACGCUAGGUGCCCUUUUUUCUUCGCUUGGGCGGUACUCAAAACCACACACUACAAAUUUCCUCCUGCCCACCCCUUCUCCUCCGGCCAGGUACCUUAACACUCCUGACCAUCCGACGUUCUCUUCCGCAUCACUCCCUCGGACUUUUCCUUCUCACGACCCAUUAUUUCCAUACUCCAAGAUGGCGGACGAGCACCACGAUUUCGAGCAUGAUGGCGGUGGUGACGCCGGCGCGUCCACCACCUACCCCAUGCAGUGCUCGGCCCUGCGCAAGAACGGCUUCGUCGUUAUCAAGGGCCGUCCCUGCAAGAUUGUCGACAUGUCCACCUCGAAGACCGGCAAGCACGGUCACGCCAAGGUCCAUCUCGUGGCUCUUGACAUUUUCACCGGCAAGAAGCUCGAAGAUCUUUGCCCUUCGACCCACAACAUGGACGUCCCGGUUGUGAAGAGGAGCGAAUAUGUCUUGAUCGACAUCUCGGACGACGGUUACCUCAGCCUGAUGACCGCUGAGGGUGAUACCAAGGACGAUGUUAAGAUGCCCGAGGGUGACGUCGGUGCGAAGAUCACCAAGCUCUUCAAGGAGGAAGAGAAGGAGACUAUUGUGACGAUCCAGACCGCCAUGGGUGAGGAGGCGGCCGUCGACGCGAAGGAGGGCACCAAAUAAGGGGUGUCGCGCGAGAUCCUCCGGGGGUGGGAAGAGCCGCCGGGAUAUGCAGUGGACCGGUUCCUGCCCGGCUAUAGCAAUACGACACCCGUGGUCGCUAGGUCUUUCUUGCCGGUUGACUUAUCG